AACCCAGGGCACAACACUGCGCGCACAUAUGGCCGUCGGCGAUUGUUGACGACAGCCAUUGCUCGGAUCUGUCAUACGCACGCCGCCCGUCGUUGAUCCAAUUUAACGACGACGUUUCCAGCGAAACGACCGCGUGGCGUUUUACACGGGUAACGAUCCAGCAUGGGCAACUGUUGCGGCUCCUGUUACAAGGGAUUGACGUCGUACGAGGAUCUCACUCCCGAUCGGGAGACCAUACGCAGGAAACAGGCCGAGGCGGCUGAGAAGAGGAUAGCCGAGCAACAGCAACGGGGUAUAAAGGACGUAGAGUCCGUCAAGAGGCAGCAGCGACGGGCGCUGGAACUCGAGAAGCGGGAACAGGAGGCCGCCGCCAGCGGCACGCAGCCUACGCUACGAUGGCAGGUGCAAUAAGCCGUAGAGAGAGACGCGUGCCGCAGCUCGAGGGAUUGAGCUCUGUACCUUUUCAUUCGGGGGAUAUUAGGUAUCUUAGGCUGACACUUGGCUGACCGAAAUGAGGCAGACCUGCUACCAACGUUACCAACGAUGCUGUUAUAGCCACACAAGUGCAAUCUUAUUUUGUAAUUGUAAUUUAUAAUUUACAUAGAAUCAUGGGAAGAAGCUUCGAGUCCUUUAAUUUAACAAGAGUACAUCGGCUGAUAUCGAACGGUUGACGCCGAGGUUCGUUUUCAACUGAUGUACAUUUCUUAUCAUAUUUUAUAUGUGCAUAAGUUUAUGUAUGUAUAUACACACGAUUAUAUACACUUGCAUGUUCUAAAACACGACUGCCACCGUUGCAAACGUUAAAAUUUUGCUUCUGCUUCAGUCUAGUGAUAUAACGAGUGUAGUUCUCUAUUUUCUUACUGGUUUUAUAAUGUAUUACAUUUAUACAGUAUAUGUUUUUUCCACAGAGUUACAGUUAUAAAUUUUUGAUGGCGAGGGAGAACAACCGAGAGCAAAAAGAUAUCGUUGAUUAUUUGCUUGAUAAAAAUAUACUUUUGUGAUUGCAAGUUUCAGAUUUAGGAUCUAUAAUUGUGCCUACACUUAAAAAAUGUAUAUUGAGAAAUAAGACUAAAAGCGUACUGUUUCAUAUAAUCCCUUAUAAAUGCAAGUUUGUAUCUAUUGAAAUACAACUUUCAUAUCUGUUGAAUAAUUGUGUGAUAUAAAAGCAAUUUGAAUUAUAAACUCUGAUGAUAUGUUUAUAUCUAUAUAUAUAAUAUUGAAUGUGUAAUAUAUAUAUAUAUAAUAUGUUGGAGUAAUAC